AAGAUCAUUUUAGCAUCUGUAGGAGGGGCGGGGCCUGUUCCUGAUUUCUCCUCCAACUAAUCAACAUCAACGAAUCAGAAUCCAACUUCCCGCCGCCAUGAAAACCUGCUCAGGUGUUGCUGAUUGCAGAGCUGCAGGUGAUGAAAACGAAGAGAGCAGGAGAACGUGAGGAGACGGAAAAUAGUACAUUUAAAAUCAACAUAUAUUCAUAGUUUUUACGGAAAUGAGCUUAAUCGAUUUAAAGCUGGUCCUCCUGGUCCUCGUCUUCACGUGCCACCGGGCUGAUGCAGUCUGCAGGGUGGAGCAUUGCACUGAUCCCACCAGAUGCGUCCUGUCUGAAGACCAGAAAAGCUGCAAGUGUAACGCUGGGUUUUAUUCAGAGAAGUGCGACAAAAGUGCACAAAUUAAAGUUAUGUGUGGCAAUGACUACAUGGCCAUCAGAGCAACAGAAGAGUUUUUCAGCUAUCACAAAGUUCCCUUAGAGUCCCUCCAUCUACCCAACAAGCUGUGUCGUGCUGAGAGAGAGGUGAUCGACGGCGUGGCCUACUACAUGUUCAGGGUUUCUAAGGAGAAAUACCUGAGCUGUGGAGGCAAGUCGCUCAAGAAAAAUUCCACCCAUUUCUUGUAUUCACUGAGUGUAACAUCAGAGACUGAAGUCACUGGAAACAUCAUCAGAGAUUCAUUUAUUAAGAUGGACUUCACGUGCAUUUAUCCAUACGUCAGAACAGUCAGUUUGGCUUUUCCAGUUUUCCCUGUUUCCAGCGAGAUGAUGAUGCACGUGGAUGAAAUGGAAGCUACGAUACAGAUGAUGUUGUACUUGGACCACAGUUUUACUGAGGCUUACACGACUACACCAACCAUCGAGCUCAGAGACAAGGUGUAUGUACAGGUGAGCGUGACGGAGCCUGAAGACUACUUCCUGGUUCAGGUUGAUGAGUGUUGGGCCACACAGUCUCCACAGCCAAACUCCACAGAGGGACUGGUUCACAGUCUGAUUCAUAACGGGUGUGCGGAUGACCACACCGUCUCCUUCCUCAGCACGAGCGAAGGCGAGCCUGGACGUAACGGACAAAGCCCCACAGUUCGCUACAGCUUUGACAUGUUUCGCUUCACGUCGGAGCCUCACGAGCUGUAUCUGCACUGCACCGUGCAGCUGUGCGAGCUGGACGACCUGAAGUCCUGCACGCCGAACUGUAAUUCAAUCAGUAAGAGAGAGGCGGUGGAGGCGGGGCCCAGCCAGGGCCUCCUGUCAUACGGACCCAUCAGGAUUGAGAUGCCAGACAGGCCGCAAACCAGCAUACUGACCACGGUGGUGCUGCCUGUAGCCGGAGUCUGGACGUUGGGCCUCUUCCUCUCCAUCCUCAUCGCUGUGGCCAAAGCAGGCAGCCGGAGGAUAGCAGAAACCGAGGAGCACUGAUGAGAUUAAUAAAACUUUAUUAUAAAAAAGAAAUCCUGGUUAUUCUGUCUGAGUGCCACAAAGUUUCGCCGCAUCUUUUACUCUGGACAGUUUCCCACUUUUGAAGCUGUGAACCGAGUAGAUGCCUCAGAGUUGGGAGGCGAUGGUGGAAUUUACACCAUCC